AUGGCAGCUACCGGAGAACAACACCUUCUCUCCACAGAAAUCGUCAGUCGAGGAAUUCAACCAUCCGGUCCUGACGCCGGUUCCAUAACUUUUUCCGUCAGGGUUCGCCGUAGACUACCGGACUUUCUCCAGUCCAUCAAGCUCAAGUAUGUCAAGCUUGGUUACCAUUACCUGAUUAACCAUGGAAUCUACUUGGCCACCGUGCCGCUGCUGCUCCUGGUUUUUGGUGCGGAGGUCGGCGGCCUCAGCAGAGAGGAGCUGUGGCGGAAGGUCUGGGACAACACUGCUGGCUAUGAUCUUGCUACUGUCCUUGCGUUAUCUGCUCUCUUCAUCUUCACUUUCUUUUUUUACUUCUUGGCCCGCCCUCGAUCCAUCUAUCUCAUCGAUUUUGCAUGCUUCAAACCAGAUGAAGAUCUUAAGGUGACGAAGGAGCAAUUUAUGGAGCUAGCAAGUAAAUCCGGAAAAUUUGAUGAAGCGAGCCUUGAGUUCCAGAAGAAGAUACUUGAAUCAUCAGGGAUAGGAGACGAGACGUACGUCCCAAAGGCUAUAAUGUCGCCGGAAAACAUCACCACCAUGAAAGAAGGAAGAUCAGAGGCGUCCAUGGUGAUAUUUGGAGCAAUGGACGAGCUCUUCCAGAAGACCGGUAUCCGUCCAAAGGACGUCGGGGUACUGGUUGUAAACUGCAGCAUUUUCAACCCCACGCCGUCGCUGUCGGCGAUGGUGGUCAACCACUACAAGAUGAGGGGAAACAUUAUGAGUUUUAAUCUGGGUGGGAUGGGUUGCAGCGCCGGAAUUAUUGCCGUGGAUUUGGCACGUGAUAUGCUUCAAUCCAACCCGAAUAACGUGGCGGUGGUGGUGAGCACCGAGAUGGUUGGGUUCAACUGGUACACGGGUCGGGAUCGGUCUAUGCUCCUCCCCAACUGUUUCUUCAGGAUGGGUUGCUCCGCCGUGAUGCUGUCCAAUCGCCGUCGUGACUAUCGUCGAGCCAAGUACAGUCUUGAGCACAUCGUUCGAACCCAUAAGGGUGGUGAUGAUGCCAGCUUCAGGAGCGUAUAUCAAGACGAAGACACCCAACGAUUUAGAGGAUUAAGGAUCAGCAAAGAUAUCGUGGAGAUAGCCGGCGACGCCAUCAAAACCAACAUCACCACCUUAGGUCCAUUAGUCCUCCCACUCUCCGAGCAACUUCUCUUCUUGUCCACCCUCGUCAAACGAUUCCUUUCCGGCGCCACCACCCCAAGAAAUUCGUCUCAGCUGCUGACAUCUUCCUCCUCCGCCACCAAACCUUACAUUCCCGAUUUCAAGCUGGCGUUCGAGCACUUCUGCAUUCACGCCGCCAGCAAGACGGCGGUGAACGAGCUGCAACGCAACCUGGGGCUCACCGAUACGAACAUGGAGGCAUCACGAGCCACCCUCCACCGGUUCGGGAACACCUCCUCCAGUAGUAUCUGGUACGAGCUGGCGUACCUGGAGGCAAAGGGCCGAGUGAAACGGGGCGACCGGGUUUGGCAGCUGACGUAUGGGUCGGGUUUGAAAUGCAACAGCGCCAUUUGGAAGUCCGUUCGUCACAUAGAAAAACCAUCCACCAACAACCCUUGGAUUGAUUGCGCGGAUAGGUACCCCAUGACUAUGGAGGCUUUUUCUCAGUCUAGCUAAAUCCAGUCCUUCAACUUUCAUUGAAUUACACUUUGGUACCUUAAUAUAAUAAGAGGUUUAAACUCCUUUAAGAGAAAGGAAAACACCAUAAAAGUAUUAUAGGAGUCUAGAAUUGAGCCAUGGGAUUAAAAAUAUACGCAUUUUACAUGAUGAUAUGAAUAUAUACAUAUACAUACUUGUAUAUGUUUGUUCAAGUUUAUCAUUUUGUUGUUGUGUUUGUUUAGUAUUUG